ACUUCAUUUUCUUCAAUAUUAUUUCUCAAUGAUCGCAUUCAUGAUCGAGAAAUACGCGCCGUUAUUCGAUGCUUCUUAUCUUCAUCCUUAACAGCAUAUGCAAAUUCGAAAUGUCAACAUUAGAAGACAUAAGAAUACGCUCUUAUCUAAAUACAAUGUCCUAUGUGAUAAGAGCAUUCUUGAGUUUCUUUCUAUGAAUCAUUUGUGAUAGCAAUCAGUACUGGGAUAAUGUAAGAAGGAUAAAGUGUGACAGGUAGUCGUCUAUUUUUAUUGUAAAUUACAAGAGAACAUUGCAAAAAUGGGUUCUAUAGCCUUGGAAGAAUUUGAACUUAUGAAAGACUCUAAAUAUAGAGUUUAUGUGUCUGCUGUUGAUAAAGCAUUGAAGAGCUUUGAAUAUACUAGCGAAUGGGCAGACUUAAUUUCUGCACUUGGAAAAUUAAACAAAGUUUUGUUAAGUCAUAUGAAAUUUCCAGUUAUUCCUAGGAGAAUUAAGAUAUCUAAAAGAUUAGCACAAUGUAUGCAUCCAGCUUUGCCAUCUGGUGUUCAUUUAAAAGCUCUAGAAACCUAUGACAUUAUUUUCAAGUGUAUGGGCACUAAUAGACUGAGUCAUGAAUUAUUCAUAUAUAGUGCUGGUUUAUUUCCAUUGUUGGGUCAUGCUGCUAUGAAUGUAAGACCAUCUUUGUUGACCGUAUAUGAAACUCAUUUUGUACCUCUUGGAGAGAGAUUAAGGCCUGGGUUGAGUGGAUUCUUAAGUGGUGUUUUACUUGGUUUAGAAGAUGGUUCUGACCACUUUGAUAGAACAAAUUCCUUACUUGAGAAAGUGUGUGAAGGAGUAGGUCCAGAACAUUUCUAUGCCUGUCUAUGGGAUUGUUUAGCUUCAAAUUCUGGAAUUCGAUUACCUGCUAUAUCUUUCGUAUUAGCACAUUUCAACAAGAAACUGCCAAUGGAAGAACAAAAGUACAUCAUGGGCACAGAUGCUAAUAUUAUGGUUACUGCUCUUUGUGCUGGAGUACAAGACAAUUCUGUGUUAGUACAAAGAAGUGCUUUGGAUUUACUGUUAGUCGGUUUUCCUGUACAUAAUAGUCAAUUAACACAUGAACAUAUGGUAUCGCUAGUCACAGCUGCUCUUGUUACCAUAUUAAGGAGAGACAUGAGUUUGAAUAGGCGAUUAUUUGCUUGGCUUUUGGGUACUGAAGUAAGCACAUCUAUUUUAAAAAGAAAAGUAGAUACUACAGUUUCAGAAAAUACAGAAAAUACACCAACUUAUUUUGAUAUGUACUCGAAAGAAAUGUUAAUUGAAGCAAUAAAGUCAUUAUUGAAAACUGUUUGCGAGGAAAGUCCACAAGAUUUAAAACCAUAUAGAAUAUUGGUUUCCUUAUUAGAAAAGGCAGAUAUUGGUCCAGUAAUAUUAGAUGAUAUUUUAUUUGAAGUUUUUAGAACUUUUUAUAAUGCCUGUGGGCAAUCAAAUAGAGUACCAAAAACAAACGAAGUGGUAAAAUCAGCAAACUUGUUAUUUUCAACAUUGGAACCAUCUUAUGUUUGGAUACAUUGUGGUCACUUAUUCGAUAAGGCUUGUCAAGCCAGAGCAGAAAGUAAGCAAGAAAUGGAAGAUAUUGUCGUGAGGUCUGUAGGUAGUGGAAUACCAAAUUUCAUAGAAGUAUGUAUACUGACUGAAUUCCUGCUCGAAACGGUGUCAUUAGAUGCAUUUAUAGACACUCCUUCCGAGCAUUUACCCGGCUUGUUCUUUGAGAUCAUUAGUAAACUUUUAUACCAUAUUGAUUUUUUGUCUCCUAUGGAGAUUUCAAGAAGUCUUCGAUUGUGUGUGAAAAUUUUAACGAAAGUACAACCAACGGUAGUUUCUAAUCAUACAGACAAGAAUGAAUUAGAAACAAAAUUAGAUACAACCACGAUUACUACUACAACAAUCAAUGACAAUUCCUUAACUGCGAUUCCUUUGGAAAAAAGUCAAUCGGAUAGUAAAUUAAAUAAACCAGAUACAACUAGUGGUUCGUUUUCUGAGAAAAGUCCCAGUCCUAGAAGGAGAGCAAACUCGGGAGGUGCCACCAAGCGAUCUGACAAGAAGUCGAAAAAGAAAUCCAGCAAAAGUACCUCAAAAUUAAGCGAAUCUUUACCAGAACCAAGUACUAGUAUUUCAGCUGUAGUAAAUCAUGAAUCCAAGGGUUUACCGCGAAAUAAAAGCAUGGAUGAUAUAAAAACUGGGUACAUAGAAAUAAAUACUAUUAACUCUCCAUCUAAGGAUCAGUUGACUACAUUGAAACAAUCAAGUAAAAAUAGCCCUAUGGGAUCCACAGGAUCUUUGGGUAGAGGGCCGUCUCCUGCGUUUCAAGCACAACAUUCUAUGUUAGAAAAAUGCCUAAGACAGUAUGAAACAUUUUAUGUGAAAUUAGUUAGUAAUAGAGUAUUGAGUAAACAAAGAACAGUUCAGAACAUGUUUGAUAAUUUGAUUAUACCGUGUCCAAGGGAAAGUUUUGAUGAAAGAAUGCGAUAUUUGGAACUUUUAUUAAAUUCUAGAUUAAAUAUGGAAGAUUCUGGCUUUUUUAGCCAAGACAUUUCUGUAACAGAAAAUACUAAACAGUUGGAUAUUCUUCAUUUGCACAUUGAUUCUAUUUCACAAACAGAAUGGGAUGAAGCCGUAAAAAUUGCCUCGAGUUUGUUUGUUGAGUUAUCUACAUUUCCUAAAUAUUUUCUUCCGGGUGAUGGUCUGUAUGUAGAAGAAGAACCAAAAGGAAAUGUUGUUCUUCCAGAAUGGUUGAAAGUUUUAGUAGUUUGUACUUGCUGGUUAGGAAAGCAGCCUGCUCUUCAGUUAACUAGUAUUGCUACAUUGUUGGAUUUAGUAGCCUUACUAAAAGCUCAUAAUGACAUUGAAAUACAUCCAAAAAGUGGGGAGGGAGUUACAGCUGUAAUUAUGGUACCAUUAUUGAAACAAUGGCAUAUAACUUACUUGAUGCAAUAUACUAAUGUAUUUCAGGUACUGGCGCAUUCCCUAUGGCAUCAUCUUGGUGAAUUGCCUGCUCAUAAAUACAGGAUGCGAUGUGUUGAACUAUUGCACGAGUUACAUCAUGCACUAUACAACUCUUGUGACGCUGUGGAGGAUGUAAUAGGAGUAGCACUUACAUCAGAAAAUAUAGAAAAAAGAAUAGAGGCAUUUAAUAGAUUUGCCACAUUAUGGCACCUAGGACGAGAAAUUGAAACAAAUCCUAGAUUGCGAGGCUGUAUGAAAUCAUUCGAUCAGUCAUUGUUAAAAAUACUGGAUAAUCUACAACUCGCAGAUAACUCUCCUCUAAAGCUUCACGCUCAAUCAUGGCUUUUACAUUCUUUAAUGCGGGGUGAUAUUUCACGGAUAGUUGAUCCGUUAUUAAUAAUACUCUUGGAUCCAUCUACCUGUCGUAUGAGUGUACUUCAUGUCAGUAUACAACAUAGCAACACUGUUCUAACGAAAAAUGAUUCUAUUGAAGAAAAAUCUGAGAUACAAGAUGAUACAGAAGGUGCAGCAAAAAUUUAUGCAAUCAGUUCCGUAGAUGGAAACGUGAUAUAUCACGUUAGUGAUAGCGUGGAUGAAGAUAAAAAAUGGCGAAAAGGUAAAAAAAAGAAAAAAGCAAUUAAUCCGGUAAAAGUGAAAAGAAUAUUCGCUGUGACAACGUUAGCCGCCGGUGACAAUUGUAAUCAGUACGUAACUGAAAAAAAUCAAUUCAUGAAAGAGCUUGAAGUACCUCCCAGUAUAUCUGGUAACAGAAAAAUCUCCGUUUUUGUAAAUCCUUUGUCCCUCAAUUGCAACGAGAAUUCUAAUGACUCAAUGGCGGAAGAUGACUUGUUAUCUAGUGCAAAGAAGACAAACUUAACAACAGAGUUGUUAAAAAAUGCCACAAGAUUCAAAAAAAUUGAUUUUGAUAAAGGUUCAACCGCCAGCUUAGAUGAAAGCCUUUACGAUUCGGCGAAUUCCAGCUUAAAAACAAAAGAAAAGAAUGGGUUUAAGAAAUUGAAUGGAGAAGUUGGCUCAUCCUUGGAUUCCAUUACUAAUAGCUUUGAUUCCAGCAGUCCUGAAAUCUCUAAUAAACAAUCGAAACAAAAGAAGGAAUCAAUUAUAAUGCCAGGCAGUUCUAGAGAAGUUGCAGGGACUAUCAUUAAGGGUAAAUAUCAUAGUACAAAUGAAUUCGUGACGAAUUAUGAUGCUCACGAUGUUGGAAGUUUUGAAGCAAGCGUCGAAGUACCUAGUUGGACAAUGGAUGAUGAAGAAGCAGAGCUGGAUGUUAGUACAACUGCUGAAGAAUACUUCAGUAAUUCUAGUGGGAAUAGUAUAGUUGAAGAAAUCUUAAAUGAGGUACUUGAUAAAAUAAUGCAAGCUUACGACGUUCUUGAAUCAUCCAAAAGUACUGAUGAAACCACGUAUCAAAACUCAAAGACAGGUCGCAAUUUUGGUAUUGGUGUGCACAAUCUUCAUUCACAUAUGUUGCUUUACUGCGGAGUCUACGAUUCAACUAGAACGCUUUACGCACUGCGUACACUUCGUAACGAGCUGUUAACCAACACUAGAAUGUUUUUAUGUUGCGCUGCAACGACCAGUAUAACCAGCACAACAAAAAAUACAACGUUGUUAAACUUAUUAGCUAGACACCGAAAGAGUGUAUUUGGAAGAAAUUUUCAUGGAGACAUAGCAAAUACAGAGUUUAUAGCAGCUUACAGAAGUAGCAUGUAUUUAGAAGUCUUAAUUAGCGUGUGCCUUUAUUUUGCUAGAAGUUACUAUCCUAAUUUAGGACAGAUGAGACUCACACACGAAGAAAUUUCGGGAAAUCGGCAGGUCCAACUUGCAAGCGCAGAACUAUUAACGCUUAUAUUCUCUGAAUUAAUUCCUAUUGUUCGUGAUUCAGGAAAAGGUUUUAGUUGUUAUAUAAUUGAUCUACUUACUAAGUGUAAAGUACAGAAAGUCGCAUUACAUUGUCUUGUAUCUAGUGUUAUGAAUAUGAAAAAUGCUCAUAAAGAAAAUGAAGAAGUAUUUACAUUUACAGAAGAAAUCAUUUUGUUUAAUGAUCCAAUCACAGAGAAUGAUAUGAAUAAAUGCAAAUACAGAGCAAGCGAUCAUACAGAGGCUUUUCAAAUACAACUAUUAAGACUAUUAUUAGCUUUAAUCAUGUUGGAACAUCAAUGUGGUAAUCAAAAAGGUGAAGAAAUAUGUCCAUCAACUACACCAACACCACCUACACAAACUACUCCAACAAAGACUGUUCCUAACAUUAUGGGAAAUAGCUUAAAGUAUGUAUCUGGUGCACCAAUUCCACAACAACCAAUGUUUCCUGCUAGCAUACUCAGUGCUUUACAAUUGGAUCACAUGAGACAUUUACAUCAACACUGGACAACUCUCGUUACGUCGAGUCUUCCAUUCAUGGGAUCCUCGUUAACGUCCAUAGUAACGACAGUUAUCCAUCAACUGUGUUGCAACAUUGAACAUUUAGCGUCAUAUUACAUCAAUGAAGAAACAACAACGGCGACAAAAUUACAAGAUAUAAGUGCAGUCGAGUGUUGUCUUCCUGCGGAUUAUACAGUCACGCACCUAGAAGCUUUAACAUUCUUACUUCACUAUUGUUUACUGGAUACAUCACAACAAAUCGGUUUCUCAUUUAAUCAGCCUCUAAGUGGCACAAUUCAGACUGGAAUCCCUGGAGCAAAUCCAGGCCAGAUAUUCAAUAAUCUUAUUCAUGUAUUUAUGCCAAGUCCACUUUCACCGGAUCUUACUAUGACAAAAGAUAAAAAUGUCGCCAGUGAGUUGCAACAACAUGCUCGACGAACUGCUUUAAGUCACCUACCAAGAAUAAUUGCAUCUCUUUCCACCCUUUGGCAAGCAGUGUUAGCAACUAAGGACAAUGAUCAGGCCAGUUGUGUAGUAGGUAGUCCAAGAAUAGUCAAGCAUCAACUUUUAGAACUUUUAUCUCCCAUAUCUUUUCAUCAUGGUGUAAAUUUUCUGGCAGCCAUUGCUGUUGCGUGGCACGAGAGACGACAACCUUCUGGUAAUACCAAAAAGGUGCUUCCAGAAGCUUGUUCAAAUCAACAAGUUAUGGUUGAUUUAGUAAGCGCGAUUCGUGUGAUGCCUAUCGAUACUUUGGUUCAAACUGUUCAUCAAGUCGUGAAGAAUCCACCUUCGAUUCACGGUGUGAAGCAAGAUUUUUCGUUAGAAGUUUCUGUAUUGGAAUUACUUUACGUAUACAUGCAAAGUAACACAUCUCAAUCUCUUAUUGAAUCUUGGGCAUCUUUGCUUGGUUUACUCAAAGACGGCCUAUCUUUAACGGCGCCCGCCCAAUUUCUUUUAUUGGCAAUCUUAAACGAAUAUGUACAAAAAUGUCCUCCUAUGCAAGAGAAAAAAGAUAUUAGAGAUCUACAAGAUGUGUCAGCAAAGUUGGUUGAAUCAUGUUCACAAAUAGCUGGGGCAUGUCUAGAGCAAACAACCUGGCUAAGAAGAAACUUAGCAGUAAGGGAAGAUGCGUUUGAGGUUGCCGAAGGAUCCUCGGAAGGUAAAGAAGGCAAAACUGGUGCUGUAACACCCGGUACGCCGCCUAAUGCAGCAUAUAGUAUUCAAGCUCAAGCAGUACUAGCAGAAAUAGUAGCACCUUUAUUGGACGUUAGUUACGGUUCUCAAGAAAAAGAACGUGUAGUGACACUGUUAACUAAUCUCAUGUAUAAUGUUACGCCAUAUCUUAAAAAUCACUCGACAAAGAAUAUUGCUUCGUUUACAGCUUGUUCCCAAUUACUGAGUUCCUUAUCAGGCUAUCAAUAUACAAGAAAAGCAUGGCGCAAAGAUGUGUUGGAUCUUUUAUUAGAUUCCGCCUUCUUCCAAAUGACACCAGCGUGUUUGCCAUAUUGGCGGACUAUCAUAGAUAAUUUAAUGACACAUGACAAUACAACAUUUCGAGAUUUAAUGAAUCGCGUUUCUAUGGCUCAGAGUAGCAGUAUUAGUAUAUUUUCUUCAAAGGAGCAAGAAUACGAGCAGAAAGCGCAGCUAUUAAAAAGAUUAGCGUACGUAAUACUUUGCAGCGAAAUGGAUCAAUAUCAUAAAUACAUGCCUGAGAUCCAAGGUAAAUUAUUCUAGAAUAUUAGUAAAUGCUGUAAAAACAUAAUUUUUAUACAAUAGAUUCCAUCUAUUCAAGCUCAAGUUUUUCUUUGUUUUCGGGUGUUACUUCUUAGAAUGUCUCCACAACAUGCAACUUCCUUAUGGCCGGUAAUAGUUAGUGAACUUGUUCAAGUUUUCUUGUACAUUGAACAAGAACUAAACACAGAUAGCGAGGAAUUUAGUCGACAUGGCAGUUCACAUAUAAAACUACUCUCAGCUUUGGAUUCAUCUUGGGCUGUAAAUGCUAGCAAUGGACUCCAGGCACAUGGCCAUCCUCACUGGUUGCAAUUACAACUUGCAGCUGCUAAAUUAUUAGAUCUAGCAUUGCUUUUACCUGCACACAGACUUCCUCAAUUUCAAAUGUAUAGAUGGGCAUUUGUAGGGGAUUCAGCAGCAGGUUCCAUGGAUAACAAUAAUUUAUCUUCUGAUUUUGUACCACACAUUACAAGAAUAGCAAAAUUGAUGGAUAGCAAGUAUAAACAAGAAACAAACGCUUUAAAAGCUAUACCCGGUGAACUUCUUCUAACGUCGAAUAAUAUUCGUUCAUUACAAGAUCUGCAUUAUUUUUUUACAACAUUGAGCCGCAGAUCGAGUGACACACAGGCACCGUUGAAUAUUACACAAUUGGAGACAGUGAUCGAGCAAGAUUUUCUUGAAAAGAUGCCAGCUGCAAGAUAGUAGAAAUAUACACAUUGAAACAAUGUAGCAAGACACUUUUUUAAAAGGGGAAAGAUGAAAGAGGCAUCUAAACAUCUUUAUUCUUUGAUAUCUU